AUGUCACACUGCCGCAAUAUUUUCCCAGUUAACGUGAAAUCACAAAUCUACUAUUCACUAUUUCAGUCUUGCAUUAAUUAUUGCCAUCUUGUUUGGGGGACAACUACACAAACAAACAUAGAAAAACUUACUUUACUUCAAAAAAGAUGCUUCGAUCGUUAUAUUGCCAAUGAGCACUAUCUCGCUCACACCAAACCUUUGUUUGCCAAAUAUAAAAUAAUUAAUCUUGAUAAGAUGUAUGACUAUAGAUUACUGCACAGCUUUCGUUUUUCAUCUCCUGAGCAUGCUUCGCUUUUAUGCAAGAUGUCAGAGCUCUCCGAACAUCCUCGUAGCUUCAACACCCGUCUUUUUGAAAAAUGGAUAGUACCACGAGCUCGUACUAACUAUACUUACCAGUCAAUUACAUAUCGUCUACCUUUAUUACUUAAUCAUCUUCUUAAUAAUAAUACUGAUAUAUAUCAAAUGGGAAGGAAAUCAUUACUUAUGCAUUUCUUGUGA